AUGACAAUCAAAGUUUAUAUGACAAAUAUAGCUGGUAAUCAAUUGACGGUUGGAAAUCAACGAAAAGUAAAACAUAUCUUAGAUGUCAACAAAAUAGAUUAUGUUGAUAUUGAUAUUAGCGAUCCGAAAAAUGUCGCCGAAAAAGAAUUUUUACAACGUGCAUUAUCACCAAUAAAUAAAACAUUACAUUUACCUCAAAUAUUUAAUAAUGAAGAAUAUUGUUGUGAUUUUGAUGGUAUAUUAUCGGCUGUUGAAUCCGAUACGCUCAAGGAAAUAUUAAAGUUGGAUAAUUAA